AUUUCCCGCGCGCCUUGGACCAUUUCUCCGACCUAGCAUCGAUUGAUCUUGCUCCAUGAGAAGUCAUAAUUCAAAUUCGAUUUGUAGUAACAACAGUAGUACUAGCAAUGACAAGAAGAGAAAAGCUUCUCAGAAAACACUCGGCAUGGCUUGGGGCGCCAAUUCCCGCUCUGCUUCUCGUUCUUCUUUUCGUUCUUCACCUUUUUCUGAUGUCGGCAGUUACAUGGUUGCGAAGAAUAGAAAAUUACAAGAUCAAUUCAAUGCUGAAGCUUCAUGUUCUACAACCAGUUCAAAUGGGAAAAAACCCAUAUUCCAUGGCGUAUCGAUUUUUGUCGAUGGAUUCACUAUUCCAUCAAGCCAAGAGCUCCGAGCUUAUAUGCUAAAGAAUGGAGGGCGUUUUGAGAAUUACUUUUCGAGAAAUAGUGUUACCCAUAUCAUUUGUAGUAAUCUUCCUAAUAGUAAAAUUAAGAACUUGAGAUCUUUUAGUGGGGGACUACCAGUAGUGAAACCUACAUGGAUUUCUGAUUCUUUUGCUGCUAAUAAGCUUCUUAGUUGGAUCCCAUAUCAACUUGACCAGCUUGCAAAUGAAACUCAUAAUCAGUCUAAACUAUUAUCCUUCUUUACGACCAAAAGCAGUGGUAUCAACAAUGAUGUCCCUACUUGUAUGACUGAUGAAAUAGAAACCAAGGAUGUUAAUCACCCAACAUUUGAAGUUGGUGAGGGGGAGGAUGAUAACUUAAAUGUAUCAGUUAAUCAUGCAGUAGUUGAGGAGGUAAUGGUCAAUGGAAGAGUUCAUAAUGAUGAAAAUUCAUAUGAACCAAGAAAUACAUCUCUAGUAGACCAGAUCAGUUCUAGAGGUGAAAGUACAUCAGCCCAAUCUCAGUCUUCUGCUUCAGAAAGUGUUCAGGAGUCAGCUACAUCAGCAGCCGUUGGGCCUCCUAAGCAGCAUACAACCCUUGCUGAUCCCAGUUUUGUGGAAAAUUAUUUUAAGUACUCGAGGCUUCAUUUUAUUGGAACUUGGAGAAGACGGUAUCGUAAACGCUUUCCCAACUUGUCCAGUGGAUUUCAGCAAACAAGUUCUGGUCAUAAUCCUGUGAAAUCUUCAAUUAUCCAUGUUGACAUGGACUGCUUUUUUGUGUCAGUGGUGAUCAGGAAGCACCCUGAACUAAGGAAUGAACCUGUAGCUGUAUGUCAUUCUGAUACUCCGCGAGGAACCGCUGAGAUUUCAUCUGCAAACUAUCCUGCUCGAAAUUAUGGAAUUCGAGCUGGAAUGUUUGUUGGAGAUGCUAAAGAUCUUUGCCCCCAACUUGUUGUUCUUCCUUAUGACUUUGAAGCUUAUGAGGAGGUGGCUGAUCAAUUUUAUAACAUACUGCAUAAACACUGCAACAAAGUGCAGGCUGUGAGCUGUGAUGAAGCAUUUCUGGAUGCCACUGAUUCAGUGGUUGAUGAUCCUCAGCUUUUAGCUUCAUUAAUUCGAGAGGAGAUUUGGAAAACCACUGGAUGUAGUGCUAGUGCUGGAAUUGCUGGCAAUUUGCUGAUAGCCCGUCUGGCUACAAGGACUGCCAAACCAAAUAAUCAAUGCUAUAUUCCUUCAGAUAAGGUGAAUGACUAUUUACGAGAUCUUCCAAUCAAGGCACUUCCUGGGAUUGGCCAUGUUCUAGAGGAAAAGCUGAAAGCUCAAGAAAUUAAGACUUGUGGUGAAUUGUGCAUGAUAUCCAAGGAAUCUCUUCAAAGAGAUUUUGGAUCUAAAACGGGUGAAAUGCUUUGGAAUUGUAGCAGAGGGAUUGAUAAUCGACCUGUUGGAGUCCUCCAGGAGAGCAAAUCGAUUGGUGCUGAAGUGAAUUGGGGCGUGAGGUUAAAAAAUUCCAGAGAUGCUCAGACUUUUCUCUUGAACCUUUGCAAGGAGGUCUCAUUGCGUAUGCACGGUUGUAGUGUGGAGGGACGCACUUUUACCCUCAAGAUAAAAAAGAGGAAACGUGGUGCCAAAGAGCCAAUCAAAUAUAUGGGUCAUGGAGACUGUGAGAAUAUCAGUCAUUCCUUGACGAUUCCUAUGGCUACUUGUGAUGUAGAAGUGAUUCAAAGAGUAUCCUCACAACUCUAUGGCUGUUUCAACAUAGCCGUGCAGGAUAUCCGGGGUAUGGGAUUGCAAGUUUCAAAACUGGAAAGUUCAGAUGCUGGUACAAAAGGACGUCAAAGAAAUUCUAUUCUUACCUGGUGUACAUCUAAAAUUGGUGGUCCAACAACCAUAGGGAGUGCCAAGGAAGAAAAUAAAGGUUCUGAGAGACAAUCCAUCAAUAGAAACCCUAAUGAUGCAAGACCUUCCAAUCAGAUAAGCACAAAUUACUCUGAUACUGAUCGUCGUGAUAACAGGGGUCUAGUACUACCUCCUUUAGAUGAUGUUGAUCUGGAUGUUGUAAGAAGUCUUCCUUCAGAAGUUCUGUCAGAAAUCAAUGAUAUGUAUGGCGGGAAGCUAACUGAGCUCAUUACUGUAAACAAAAACAGAAAUGAGCACACUAGCAAUUCAUUGUGUGAUUCAUCCCAUAAAACAACACAUGAUGAGAUAUAUGGAACCAAAGGACCGUUGGAUUCAAGUAUAGCCUUUUCUAGUGAAUUUCCAUCUAUAAAGGAAGAAAUCCAGAGUUUUGCUGUUUCUGAGUCAGGAUGUGCAAAUUUGGACAUUUCCACCUCUUCAACUGAUAUAAUGGAUUUAAUGCCUUCAUCUUUAAGUCAAGUGGAUACAUCUGUGUUUCAGCAAUUACCAGAAACUUUGAAAUUUGACAUCCUCAAGCAACUUCCUGCUCAUAGGAAAGUGGAUAGUAUUGGUGCUGAACCUCAAGAAUCUUCUCAUGCAAGACUGUCUGAGAAUCAAAAUUUAUCUUUGCAUACUCUUUCAUCUCUCAAAGAUCUUUGGACUGGAAAGCCACCACGAUGGGUUCAUAUAUUCAGAAACAAUAAUUGCAGGAUCUUGCACUUCCUCUCCGAUAUGUACUACACAUCUGGAACAACGGGUUCUUUAUCUUCUAUAUUGCAACGUUCUCUUCUUGGACCUCCAUCUCUUCUAGAGGCAAGUGAUAGUGAGGGGACAAAUGAUGUUCGCUGCUUGUUUGAGCUUCUCAAACAGUAUGUGGAGAUUAUAAUGGAAUCUGAUAUAGAGGAGAUUUAUGUAUGUUUUCGCCUGCUUAAAAGGUUGGCUGUGAAGUCAAAAGUUCUCCAGCAAGUUUAUGAUGAUGUGUUGCCUCAUCUUCAGGCAUCAGCUGGUGAAAUCUAUGGAGGAAGCUUGCAGUUGUGAAUAGAUGACUAAUCAUCUUAUUCAUAAGAUUAUGAAUCUAUGUGCUGUUUUAUCCAAUGGAGUUCAUUGAAGAAGUUGCAAUUAGAAUGUUAAGGAUGAUGGAGCUUUAUAUAUGGAGGAUCCGAUUGACCCCAUGGAUGAUUGUUAGAAUAAGUGUAUAAUUUAUGUAAACAUGGGAAUAUGUCCAUGAUGAUAAAGUCUAUAAACAUAGAAAUAAAAAUGCCAUGUAUAGAGUAGUAAUUUAUCAUUUACAUUCAUAGAUGUAUUAAAAUAAGUUGAGAUAACUUUAGUCUA